CGGCCGCGGGCGAAGGUGAUUGGCCGGAGGCCGGUCACGUGACGCGACGUGCCGCAAAGCGCGCAAAUUCAAACUGCUGCAGGAGCCGAUAUAAAACGGAAGCGGAGAGGAAGACGGAGCUGUACAGACCCCGGAUCUGUUUUUUCCCAAUGGCAACGGCACCAUGAGAUCCAGCCCCCGCAGGCCGCUUAUACUGAGGAGGCGCAGGUUGAACCUUCCAAAUCAAGAUGGCGGCACGGGGACUCCCGACCAGAGGUUGGCCACCGUGAUUGCCGCAAAACAGGAUACAGAACCCAGUGUGCCAAAAUCGGCAACUCCGGAACCUUUGGGUGCCCUGAGCCCUGGCGCCGAUUUGGGAGUCGUAUCGUCUUCUGCACCUGCUGAGCCCCCCGGGCUGUCGGGGGUUAAGGUCAUGGGUCACCCCACCAUCCCCGACACCCAGCUGGUGGUCAUCCCCCCGGAUUCUGACGUGGAAAGUAUCAUCCAGGCUCUGACCGUGCGGGGGAAGGAGAGCGGGGGCCCCAACAAGUUCAUCCUCAUCGCUAGGAGCAGCUCCUUCCAGACGCAGGUGGAGAAACUGGGGGUCCAGAGCAAGGCGGAGGAAGUGGAGAACGCCGCCACCGCGCCGGAGCAGAACCAUCCAGCUUCUAAGGAGGGCCAGGAACUGGACGUGAGCCUGACCAACAUACACUGGCUGGGAAAGAUGAGCUCCGAUGGGCUGGGACCAUGUGACGCCAAGGCCAAACCUGUGGAGAAGGAGAAUUGCACCCCUGGGAUGGACCCCAUAAAGGGGGAGGAAGAACAUGAGGCAGCCGCAGCUUCUCAUCCGUGUCAGGUCGGGGCCUUCGAGCGUCCUCCAUACUCCUACAUGGCUCUGAUCCAGUUCGCCAUUAACAGCACGACGUCCAAGAGGAUGACCCUAAAGGACAUCUACACGUGGAUCGAGGAUCACUUCCCGUACUUCAAACACGUGGCCAAGCCCGGCUGGAAGAACUCCAUAAGACACAACCUCUCCCUACACGACAUGUUUGUACGCGAGAGCUUCAGCAACAACAAGAUCUCCUACUGGACCAUCCACCCCCAGGCCAACCGCUGCCUGACCCUCGAUCAGGUGUUCAAAGUCUCCAGCUCCCCGUCCUCCGCUUGCAGUGAACCACAGCAGCAGAGAAGCCUGAUCCCGGAUCUGGGCCGGAGCGUGCAGAGCGCCCCCUGUCACACUAAGGCUCCAGAGCGAAAGAUGAAACCUCUGCUGCCCCGGAUCGACUCCUAUCUCAUCCCCGUGCAGUUUCCCAUUGCGCAGCACCUCAUCUUCUCUCCGGUGGAGACGUUCAGUCCACAUCCAGGGGUCUCUGACGGACCCCGCAGCAGCAAGCGGGUGAAGAUCGUCCCUAAGGUUGAGUUGGAGACGGAGGAGCCUUCCCGCCCGCCCGCCCAGGCCGCCGCCGCCGCACCCAUUAGGACAGAUGCAGCGUCGCUGAAGGCGCAGACCCCGGUUCCGUGCCCGCAGGUGAACGUGUCGCGGAGGAAACAGCGGUUGGUCACCCCCCGAUGCCAGGAGCUGGAGCUGGUCCUCCCCGACACCAGCUGCUCCGACUCCGGCCUGGACACGGAUUUCUCCUUGGUGCAGGACACACAGACCCAGCUCACCCAGGACGAGGGCUACUCCUUCAAGACCCCCGUAAAGGAGACGUUCAUGAAGCCCCCCGCUUCCUCCACUCCGAGCAAAGCCUCCUGCCUUCCGCUCUGGGAGUCAGAUUCCCCCCUGCCGGAGAUCAGCCCGGUCCGGCUCCCCCGAGGCUCCUCUGCCCUCACCCCCUUCAAGGACAGCUACGGGACCCUCAGUUUUUGGGAGACCCCUUUUAAAGACCUGCCAUACUUGGGUUCCCCCCCAGACGUCAUGGGCACCUGCUCGCCCCUUUCCCCCCAGACCGAAACACUGGACACUCCCACGGGGGCUCGCAAGCAUAGACGCUGCUCCAAGGAGCUGCAGGUAGGGGGCGCCACUAACCGCUCGCUGCUGGAGGGGCUGGUGCUGGACACUAAGGACGAGAGUCUCAGUAAGAUCCUGCUGGACAUCAGCUUCAGUGGGCUGGAGGAGGACAACGGGACCGGGACGGACACUUCAUACUGGGGGCAGCUCCUCAAUGAGCUCAGAUAAGACCCCCAGGGCCCCCCCCCGUGAGUAGGUGAAGGGAUCGGCCAAUACUAAUCCAUAAUCUCUGCACGCGGACAAAGGUCUCCCCCCAAAAUAUCUGCCCUAAAAUCGUGGAAAUAUUCUUUAUUUGUAUCUGGGAAAGCUGGGUGACUACCAGAAGUGCCAUUAUUAUGGCAGACAUGCAUGAACUGAGGUAUUCCUAGACAGUUGGCCACUUAGGGUUCUGGGAAAGCUGGGUGACUACCAGAAGUGGCAUUAGUAUGGCAGGCAUGCAUGAACUGAGGUAUUCCUAGACAGAUUGGCCAUUUAGGGUUCUGGGAAAGCUGGGUGACAAACUGUACUACCGCCGUUAUGGCAUCUCAGCUAGUCAGGCAGACAUACGAGAACUAAUGUGUUCGAAGACAGAUUGGACAACAUGGGUUCUGGGAGAGCUGGGUGACUGUCGGUAAUGUCGCCAUCACAGUUUCCCAGCUUUCCUACAUCGCUAGUCUGGCAGACAUACAGGAACUGAUGAUGUAUUUGUGGCCAGACUUGGCCAUUCAUGUUCUGGGAAAGCUGGGUGACCAUUGGCGGUGCUGUCAUCGUGGCUUUUCUAGUAAGACUAGAUUUGCCUUUCAGGGUUCUGGGCAAGUUGGGUGACAAACUGUACUACCGGCAUUAUGGCAUCUCAGCUAGUCAGGCAGACAUACGAGGACUGAUAAUGUGUACGUAGAUUGGCCAUUCAGGAUUCUGGGAAAGCUGGGUGACUUCUGGUAGUGUCAUUAUGGCUACAAGCUUUGUGUUCCUAGUUAGGCAGACAUACAGGGACUGAUGUGUUCGUAGACAGAUUGGUCAAUAAGGGUUCUGGGAGAGCUGGGUGACUACCAGAAGUGUCAUUAUUACAGCAGACAUGCAUGAACUGAGGUAUUCCUAGACAGAUUGGCCAUUUAGGUUUCUGGGAAAGCAGGGUGACUUUCGGUAAUGUUGCCAUCACGGUUUCCCAGCUUUCCUAUGUUGCUAGUCUGGCAGACAUACAGGAACUGAUGAUGUAUUUGUGCACAGACUUGGCCAUUCAUGUUCUGGGAAAGCCGGGUGACGAUUGGCGGUGCUGUCAUCGUGGCUUGUCUAGUAAGGCAGACAUACAGGAACCAGUGUGCUCUGACAGACUAGAUUUACCUUUCAGGGUUCUGGGAAAGCUGGGUGACUAAUGGCAAGUGCCAUCAUGGCUACCCAGCUUUCCUAUGUUCCCAGUUAAGCAGACAUACAAACAUCAGUGUGGUCUAACUAGACUAGAUUUGCUAAUCAGGGAUCUGGGAUAAGCUUCCAGACAAAUUGCCCAUUCAGGGUUCUGGGAGAGCUGGAUGACUACUGGUAGUGCUGUCAUAAUGCUACAAAAACCAGCUCGGUCUAAUUAGACUAGAUUUGUUUUUUUUUUUCAGGGUUCUGGGAAGGCUGGGUGACAACCUCUUCCUAGUCAGGCAGACAUACAGAAAGCGGUGAUGUGUUUCUAGGCGGAGUUGCCAUUCAGGGUCCUGGAAAAGCUGGGUGACAAGCAAUAAGAGGGCUUACUGGGGUUAUUGCUGAGCUUUGCCAGGGUCCUGAAUGGGAAAAAUCUGCUUUGUUGCGCCCCCUGCAGUAACAAUUUAAUUGUUUGAUUUUGGGGGGGUUUGUCCAGGUUUUUGGGGGUACCAGGUAUAGAUGAUUUAUAGUAGGGGGUGACUCCGCGCCCCCCAUAUAUUUAUAAUAUAUAUUUUAGGCUUUUGUAUGUCAGUAUUUAAUAUGUCGCCGUGUAUAUAGGGUAUAUAUGUUCUCGGGCGCAGCCGCCAUCGCAAGUCACUUUAUAACCCAAUAUAGGUUAGUAUAAAAAAAAAAAAGGGGUUUCCCUGUCAAAUAUGGAGGGGUCCAAUCAUCAUAUCAAUUUUUUAUUUUUAAAUCCUUUUUUUAAUAUCUCUACUUGUUGUCAGUGAAUGGAAAGGACAUUUGUUCACAGUCAGAGGUAGAAAACCCCCAUCCUAAUCGAAUACUUCUCACAGCUGAGGGUUUGUUACAGUUGUACUCCGCAGUUAUGGACUCUAGAGCAGUGGUUCCCAACCAGUGUGUCUCCAGUUGUUGCAAAACU